AUGGAUGAAAUUAUUCAAAGUAUUUUAGAUGAAAAUGAUUUAGUUGUCAAGUAAAUUCCUGAAGGUCCUUUUAGUUUAAUGAGAGCUAUAUCUAAUUGCCUUUACUUCACUUCUAUAAAUUAUAAAUAGAUUUAAGAGCAGUGUAUUAGGUUUCUAUAGCAAAUGAUUGAUUAAAAGAAAUUACCUGAAAAGCUGAAUCAAUUUAAAAAUAGCAUCACUUUAUACAACGACUUUAUCUUAGACCCAAAUAAAUUUGACUAUCAUAAGGUGAAUUUAGAGUUAGUGUCUCUACUUUUUUAAACUAAAAUAUAAGUUUAUUAUAUAAAUGAAGAAAAUCAACUUCUUUCAUUCAUAAUCAAUAACAGAUAUAAGCGUAAAAUAGAGAUGAUAUAUACUAAUAAUCAUUACGACCCUAUAUUUUCUAGGAAGUUUAUUUAGCUUAUUACUAUUUCCUAAUCAAUAGUUUAGAAGAUUAUUGAUUAAAGCUUAGAAGUUAAUGGUAAGGCUUAAGAUAAAUUUAUAAAUUAUGAAUAUGAAAAUUGGCUUUUAGAUAGAAUCAUGUAACUUAACGAAAUGAAUUCAAUGACACAAAUCAACCAAUGUGAUUCUAAUGGUACUUAACAAUAUACAAGAUUUAAGAGAUCUCUUUCAGAUAAUUACAAUGUCAAUUAUGGUACAUAAUAAGAUAUUUAUUAAGAAGAGAAUUAGAUUCCUAAGUAAUCUGGAAUAAUUGAAGAGAGUGAUGAGUCUUCUAACCAAAAUGAUAACAAUAUAUAAGCAGGCCAUAAUUAAUUUUAGAAAACAAAUAAUGAACAUUAAAAAAAAAAACAACAAGGUUAUUAAGAAAAUGAAUAUUUUGAGCAAAAUAAAUUUGAGUCUAAUUUAUAUAGAGAAAAGGCAGAUUCUCUAAUUACUCCAAAACUAGAUAUCAGUUAAGUUUAAACUUUAGAUAAAAGGCCCAUAAUAUCUCCAAUUUAUUUUGUAAAAAGCAAUCCUCCAGGCAUAUCUCCAAAGCCAAACUUAAAUACAAAUGUUUAAAAAUUUGAAUGGAAAAAUCAAGAUGAUAGCAACGAAGACUCAAUUAUAGAAGAAAGAUCUAAUGGAAAUGAAAUGAGUGCACAAAGUAGUUUAAAUACAAGUUCAUAAGGACCUUCUUCAAAGAGAGGAAGUGGAAAAUUUAAUGCAGCAAACAUAACCGGUAACUCUCCAACUAAGCUCAAAAGCGAAAAAGAUGCUCCUCUCAGUUAGUUUGCUUAAAAAAAGCCUAAAAUAGUUGAAAUGGGAUAAGAAAAAGUUACAGGUAGUUUGAAGUUCUUUGAUGAAAAAAAAAAUUUUGGUUUCUUUGUCUUAGACUCUGACGGUAGCGAUAUAUUCGUUUAUUAUGACGAUUUAGAACAAGCUGGAAUCACCAAAAAAAUGUUGAAAGAAAGUGUUGAAAAGAAAACGAAGCUAUAUUUCAAAUUUAAUUGUAUGAGUUAUGUAGGGAAAUAUUAAAACUCAAAGAAGGCUGUUGAUAUAGAGCUAAUUGGAAGUUUUUAAACUGAAGAAUCAGAAGCUGCUAAAUAAGAAACGGAUGAUAAUCUUGAAGAAUAAACAAAAUAAAGUAAUUUGUUGGAGGGAUUAGUAAAUUAGUCUUCAACCGAAAAUUAAUAAAUUACAUCUGAAUAAAAGAAAAAAUAAUUAUCUGAGAGAUUUGCAGGCUUUUCUUCAAUUAUUGCUGCUUCUUAAAAUACAAAAAGUUGA